GUGUUGAAGGUUUAAUCUUCACAGAGCAAAUUUCUUCAGCUCUUCGUGUACGGCAUCUCUGCAAAACCUAAUCGCAGAUCCAAGCAAAAGAGACUAUCUCUACCUUUGCUAACUUUCAUGGAUUACGCAUCUAGGAGAAGAGGUCAAGGAGGCCUUUUUGAAGGUCUCUACAGAGUCAUAAUGCGACGUAACUCCGUUUACGUUACCUUCGUAAUCGCUGGCGCUUUCCUAGGCGAACGGGCUGUGGAUUAUGGAGUUCAUAGGCUCUGGGAGUACAACAAUGUUGGGAAACGGUACGAAGACAUUCCGGUGCUAGGACAGAGGCAAUCGGAGGAAUAAAAUCAUCAUUCUGUUUCUGGGUAUUUUGAGGUUGUUUUUGAGAAUUGGGUCCGAGCAUAUGUCUGUUAAGUAGAGCAAUGCUCAUAGUUGAAAUAAAAUGUUAUAAUAUCUGUCUGUUCUAAACCAUGGGUUGGACGAAUAGUCUCUGGAAAAUUUUUGAUUAUUCAGAAUUUUGGGCGGCCACAAUGUAUGUCGAUUGAUCUAUUUCAAGCAUCACCCUGCAAUUUGUGAUUGUUGCAACUUUAUUAAUUUCAGCCCAUAUUUUCGUUCAUCUU